CGGUGAAGGAGAAUGUCGUGAAACAAGGAAGUCAAUAAAUCUACAGGAACCCUUGUAGGUUUCCUUUUGUUUUGUUUGUCCUUUGGUUUCUUUUUUUAAUCGCAAUCGUUAUCAUUUCAGCCAGGACAGUUAUUUGGCUUAACUGAAAAAUCUAUGGUCAGUUUCUUUCUGUGUAUUUCCUUCUUAUCUGGUCAAAUAUUCGUCGCUAUUUGACGUUAUCUUUGAGCUAGCUGUAGACGCUAAUAACAGAGCUAACAGGCCCGAAGGCCAUCUGUUCAUAGUUUGUCGGCAAUUUAUUCCCCCGAUAAACCGAAGUAUUUGGGGGCGGUUUGGGACCGCUGUGGACAAAACAUUUUUUUGCUGUUUAUCCGAUACGCGUUCGGUGUUGCCAAGGGUGCUCUUAGGAGCGGAGUCAUUAAGACGAGGGGAAAACCAACCAACAUCUAAGGACCGGACGAGCAUGUAUGCCCCGCCGGGUUCGGCCGUUCCCGGAGGCCGGAGAAGGAGAGGGGGAAGCACUUUGCCCAAGACACCUGAGCGGAGUCUGGUCUCGGCUCUGCCCGGAGCCCUUUCCAUAACCGCUCUGUGCACAUCUCUGGCAGAACCUGCCUGGCUCCGUAUUCAUGGAGGUAUAUGCCCCAGACAAGAGCUUGGGGUGGCAGAUGUCCUGGGCUACAUUGACCCCAAGCUCCUGGACGAUUACUGCAUAAACCCGCAGACCAUAUUGUUGCUUCGAGUGAUCGCAGCAUUCUGUUUCCUGGGCAUCUUUUGCAGCCUGACUGCAUUCCUCUUGGAUGUGUUUGGACCUAAGUACCCUGCCCUUAAGAUCACACGGAGAUAUGCCUUUGCACAUAUCCUCACAGUGCUGCAGUGUGCCACUGUCAUAGGGUUCUGCUACUGGGCUUCAGAGCUCAUCUUGUCACUGCAGCAACAGCACAAAAAAAACCACGGCUCCCUCGUAUACGUCACAUUUGCCAUCAGCUUCUACCUGGUGGCGGGGGCCGGCGGGGCCUCCAUCCUCGCCACGGCCGCCAACCUCCUGCGCCACUACCCCACUGAGGAGGAGGAGCAGGCUUUGGAACUGCUGUCCGAGAUGGAGGACAGCAGUGAAACAUUCCCCAUUGAGUACGACAUCAGCAACCAGUUUCAGCCUCCGCCCGCGUACACGCCCUGACAGGCCACCCCGUCCUUCGCUCGUUGAAUCAACAUGCUCGCAGACAGAUGGCAAUAUUUGCAAAUACUCUUAAUAGUUAAAUGCGGUGCGUGCAAUUGCACGCACUCAACGACUGACAAGCGCUUGAGUGUAUGAGCGCCAAGAAAUGAGUCUUGCUUUCUAAUAUGUUGAUUUGCAUGUAAAUGGCUUGUAGGACUUGCUUCUUCAUCUAAAGCAGAAUGCCAAGUCAACAUGGCUGAUGAAGUCAUUGAUCAAGUAGCCUGAUCAGUGCUAAUUAUUACACUCAAAGCUGGCUUUUGACCACUAGUUGAUUGGCUCUUAGUGGGUUCAGGGUGGCGCUUUGAGCAUUAUUUUUUGCUCGUUUUAGCAAAAUAUAUGUGCUUUGGUUACUGAUGUAUCAAAAGUACAGGAAAACACUUGAGGCAUUUUUGGACAUUUCUUUUCUAUAAAGAAACAAACAGCCCUUUAUUUAUUGAUUAGUUAGAUGUGUAUCUUGUCGCUGGUUUAGUCUUACAUGGUCACAUUCUCUGCUUGAGAUGACACAAGAAAGAAUGUUUUUUUGUUAGAAGGGAAGGAGGGAUAAUCUCAGCCACAGUUGGAAAUUAAGGAAACCAUUUCACUAUAAAAGAUUAACGUUCAACCGAAACCUCACUGCAUUAGUUGGUGUUGCCAUGUCCUUUGUAUAUAAUUUGUUUCAAUACAACUUGAUUUGUACUGUAUGAACCAGUAGUGUUUCUGUUUAUGUGAGAAUUUUGGUGUGCUAAUAUUACAACCUUCUCAUGACACCAAUGCGAAAAGGAUUCAAAUUGUGAUUACGGUAGUGUGGUUAUCCAAGUUGGUUGUGUGCUUUCUUGUUUCGCACAGUUCAUGAUUUUUAUUCCUGAAUUUUGGAUUAUAUGUUCACUUUGUAAAUAUUGUUUAUAAAUUAAAAGAAAAAAGAAGUAGUAAGAAUACAACAG